AGGUAACUCCACUGUAACUGAUGCACGACCGGGAUGAGAUUCAAAUCUUCUUUUCCCGGCAGAAAAAAAAUCAGGAACACCAGUACUCCUCGUUGUGUAGAAAACCCGUGGGCGGUCAUACCCUGACCUCCUGCUGCUCUGCGUGAGCAAAAAUCUAACGAACACCUCCAAAUAAUUCCGUCAAACACGACAGAACACCAUUACAAAAAUGAGUUCGCAACCGUACGACCGUUCCCGGCAGGCCUACUCGCAACUGCAACGCGAGCGGCUUUCCGCCGACUGCUCCUAUUAUCUGCCGGACGUGUUGAGAAAUCCGAAGCGGCAAAUCGAUGAGAAAUCCAACUUCGAGAUUGACGACCGCAUCAAGGCUCUGUUCCCAACCACCUGCCAGAGCAAAGCGGUGCAGUUUGUCCCCGGUGGAACGUUAGCGGGAUCUGCGCCGCUGCGCAUCGGUGCCGUCUUGUCCGGUGGACAAGCACCAGGGGGCCACAACAUUGUGGUCGGCAUCUACGACCAGGCGAAAAGGUAGGAUUUUUGACAAGGAGCUUCUCGUAUUGACGACUUUCUCUUUUGCGUAUCGCAAUAAAAAAACGCGUCACUUGUUGUCCUAAGUCAUCAACAAGUGCAAAACAUAAACUAAUGUAUCAUACCAGGAUCCAUCCCGACUCCGUCGUUUUUGGUUUCCUGGACGGGCCGCACGGGAUCUUUGCCAGCCAAUACGUGCAGCUGAACGACGAGAUCAUCGACGGCUUCCGCAACACGGGGGGCUUCGACAUGCUGGGCAGCGGCCGGCACAAGAUCGAGACCCCGGAGCAAUUCGAGAACUCGCUCAAAUGCUGCCUGUAUGCAGUGCAAAAGUAUCGUACUCGUAGUAAUUGCAGUCAUGCAUGACGAAUCUGGUUCUUUAGCCCAUUCAGCAGUUCAAAUUCCAUUUUUCCUUGUGGACAAAUUUGUAAUGCUAUUUCUACUAGUACGAUAUUUUUGCAAUGCAUAGCCUGGAGCUGAACCUCGACGGCCUGGUGGUGAUCGGCGGCGAUGACAGCAACACCAACGGUGCGGUGCUCGCGGAGUACUUUCGCUCCAAAAAUGUGAAGACGAAAGUCGUCGGUUGUCCGAAGACGAUCGACGGGGACCUGAAGGUGCCGCCCUACAUUCCCGUGUCGUUUGGAUUCGACACGGCGUGCCGAACCUACGCGGAGCUUGUCGGGAACGUUGCGGUGGACUCGCUGUCCGCACAGAAGUACGAAUUUUUUUUUCGUAGCAUGUUCUUUCGAUAGUUGGUUCAGUUUCCCCUCAAGCCUACUUUGACUCCCUUGAAAAACUGCUACAAACAAAAUUGAAAAUCAAAAUCUUCUAUCUACUUGUACUUGAUGAGGUACUACCAUUUCGUCCGUUUGAUGGGCCGCAGCGCCAGCAACAUCGCCCUGGAGGUCGCGCUGCAGACUUGUGCGAACGUCUGCCUCAUCGGGGAAGAGGUGGCGGAGAAAAAGCAAACGCUCAAGGAACUGACGACCCAAAUCGUCGACGUUAUCUGCAAGCGCCACAAGGAGCAGGGCAAGCACUACGGCGUGAUUCUUCUCCCAGAGGGACUGAUCGAGUUCAUUCCAGAAUUCGAGGCGCUGAUCAAGGACAUCAACGAAAUCUUGGCGAAGGACGGGAUCGAGGCGACCGAAGCCUCGGUCGUGCCUCACCUCGAGCCCCAGAACAAGGAGGCCUUUCUCUACCUCCCCGAAUUCAUCCGUGGGCAGCUGCUGCUAGACCGCGAUCCCCACGGGAACGUACAGGUGGCGAAGAUCGAGACCGAGAAACUGCUUGCUGCCACGGUCCGGAAGGAACUCGAGGAGAAAUUUGGGGAAAAGCUGGCACAUAUGCAUUGCAAAAGUAUCGUACUGUGUGUAAAUAGUAUGGCAAAUUUUCUCAACAAGAAGAAAACUGAGACUUUUCAUGCAGAUUCCUUCGGGUAGAAAAGCACAUUUGUCAUGCACGACAGCAAGUCAUACAAGUGCGAUUCUUUUGCAGUGGAUAGCACACAUGAUUUUCAACCCGCAGUUCCACUCCUUUGGCUACGAGGGCCGCGCCGGCCUGCCGAGCUUCUUCGACGCGUCCUACUGCUACGCCCUGGGGUCCACCGCGAGCUCGCUGCUGGCAAACAACGAAACGGGCAUGAUUGCGUCGGUGAAAAACCUGUUGGCGCCCAUCGCGGAGUGGGAGUGCGGGGGAGUGCCGGUCACGGCGCUCUGCGUGAUCGAGCGGAGGAAGGGGAAAGACAAGGCGGUGAUUGAAAAGGCGCUCGUGGACAUGUCCGGGGCGCCGUACAAAAUCUGGACCUCGCUGCGGGAAAAGCUGGCGCUCGCCGACUGCUACCGGAUUCCAGGUAUGAAAAGAUGCGUUAUUCUUAUUACGUUUUUGGACACCGACGAGGCGACUGUAAAUUUUUUUCUGUGCUCUUUCCAAAUGCAUCAAGAAAAUGAAUGAUGUGACCACCUUUGCUGGAGGUACUUGUUCAAAUCCACCAAUUCCCAUUCAGGCCCGCUACAAUUCUCGCGCGACUGCCCGCACUCGCAGGAGAUUCCGAUCACGCUCGCCCUGGAGCUCGGCGGCGGCUACAAAUUCCCCGUGCAGGACGCGGCGCUGACCUCGUACAAGAUUGACUUCCCGACGCAGGGCGACAAGUUCCUGCAGUUCGGAAACCGGCCGAGGUCGGAAUUGCAAGCCUGGCGCAGCACCCAGCCGUACGCGGUCCCGAAAGUGUUCGCGGACGGCGGCAAGCCCGCGGUCGUUGCAGCGGAGGACAAGAAGUGCAGCAUUCCGUGCGCAAAGUACGUCCCGUCGAUUUCCGCGGUGAGCGGUUUGGUGCAUCUCGGCGCGGGGGAAACCAGUACCACGACCGACUGCAAGGUCGGCAUCAUCUACUGCGGGCGGCAAACCCCGGGCGCGGCCGACGUGGUCGUCGGGCUGGCCGAGUGCCUGCAAAAGUUGGAAGCGGCCAGUCCGGCCAAGAAGAAGGUGGAGGUGUUGGGCUUCGUCGGCGGGACGGCCGGGUUCUACACGAAAUCCUACCUGAAGCUCACCGCCGACGUGCUCGCGAACUACAAAAAAACCGGCGGUUUCGAGCUGCUCGGUCGCUCCGAGGACCGGUUUAACGAACUGGACAAAAUCAAGGCCGUGUGCAAGGAGCUGCAGUUGACGGGGUUGGUUUUGGUCGGCGGCUGCACGACCGCGACGGACGCCUGCUACCUCGCGGAAAAUUUGUACGCGAGCAACAUCUCCGUCGUCGCCGUCCCGGCGUCCAUGGGGGGCGAGCUUUCCAACGCGUUCUGCGAGCAGCCCCUGGGGUUCGACUCGGUGACCAAAGCCACCGCGCGUUUAGUGGGUAACACGGCGAUCGACGGGAGCUCGGCGCGCAAGUAUUGGUACUUUCUGCGGUCGAUGGAGGGCCCGACCCACUCGAGCCACGUCACGCUGGAGGUAGGGUUGCAAACGAAGCCGAACCACUUGGUGCUCGGCGAGCAGGUGCUGCAAGAGGGCUUUUCGCUGAAGGAGAUCGUGUCCCAGAUCGCGGUAUCAAUUGUAAAAAUGUCUGGGUCUGGAAGAAUUCAUGUUUGUCAUGCUUGUCUGGCAUGACUCUUAAAUCUGUCAUGCACAUUACCCAAGAGCUCCGUUUUUCUGUGAUGCAGAAGCGCAGUUUGUCAUGCAGAAUAGGCAACAGCGAGAAGGUCGGGAACUUGUCAUGCUGAGCUAGCACUUGUGGCCUCCUCAUAAUACGCCGCCCAGCAUCACAAGUUUCCAGACCCAGACAUUUUUACAUUUGAUACGCGGACGUGGUGGAGAAUCGGUGGCAGAACGGGAAGAAGAAUUUCGGGACCGUAUCCAACGGAAAAAUCCCCCCUCCCCAUAUCGAAAUGGAAAUCUGUGAUGCAGGAUUUGAGGUACCAAACCGACUUGUCAUGCUAGAAGGCCAAGAGCCGCAGUCGUGGUCUCGUUUGCAGGCACUUUGUCAUGCUGUUUCCCACUCGCAGCUGCCUCCUAUCAUGCUGAAGAUGCAAGGCUCCCCCACGCCACCCAGCACUACAGUCCGCAUCUUUUCCCGUGUAGCAUGACAAAGCUGAUUUGUGACAACAAAUCUGCAUCACAGAUUUCCGUUUUGAUAUGGGGAGGGGGGAUUUUUGCUCUCAAUAGACCGUGUUGAUUCCCGACGGGCUGCUCUUCAACGUGAUGGAGUUGCGCGUGUUGAUCAGCGAGCUGGACAAGUUGCACUUCGGGCGUUUAGGGCUGUGCUCCCGCACGACGCAGCAGUUCGGCGAUUCCUCUUCCGCCUCUUCCUCCGACGGCGAUUUCGAGCGCAUCAGCUCCUCCGCCGAGGACAACGGAGUGGUUGUCGUGGGCGAAACCAUCACGGAAAAAAAAGCCAAGGCGUCGUCCACCCCCGACGUCGACAAGGUUGCGCAGUUACUAACGCCAUUUUCCCGGGCGCUGCUCCAGCAACUCCCGGAUUACGUGGUGCACGGCAUGUUGGACGCCAAGCUCCGGGGGAACAGCAAGGUGAAUCUCGCUUUGAUCGAAACCGACCGGAUGCUCGCCGACAUGGUGAAGCUGGAGCUGAAGUCCCGGGCCUCCUACAAGGGAUCCUUCUCCCCCGUGUGCCAGUUCCUCGGGUACCAAUCCCGGUGCACCAUGCCCUCGGAUUUUGACAGCAACUACGGAUAUGCCCUCGGUUGCGCCUCCGCGAGUUUAAUCCUCGCGAAGAAGACGGGCUACCUCGCCACGCUCUCUUCCCUGUCCAAGCCGGUGGCCGAGUGGCACGCGGGCGGUGUGCCGCUGAGCGCGUUAUUAAGCGUUCCUUUGUCGACGACAACGGUGGCCGCGGCGUCCUAUGUGAACUCCACGAACGAGAAAACCUUGCCGAAAAUCCAGCCGGCCCGGGUGGACCUGUCCGCCGAGGCCUGCAAGGCGUGGUCCAAGAUCGCGGGGCAGUGCGCGGCCGAGGAAAUGUACGAAAACCCCGGUCCGGUGCAGUUCAUCGGGGACUGCGCGUCGCGGAUCUCCGAGCAACUCAAAAUCGCGGAAAAGGACUACUUCUCGUCGCUCAACGCGGUCAAACGGUUGCUUGCGGACAUUGAGAAGGAGUGUCCGCCGGGGUGCAACCCGAAGCGGUUGCGGGUCGCGAACAGCAGUUUGGAGAACCUGAAGUUGGUGUUGGAACAGAUUCCGUAGGAGAUGAUGAAGGGAGAAUUUUACUCUUCCUUCGUCGAGAUCAAGCAAGCGUAAGAAAUCUAAUUUUUAACGAAAGGUCUUUCAUUUUUAUUUUGGAUAAGCAGCGAGAGUUUGUGUUUGGUUACUUGCUGGAUAAGUUCGUUUGUAAAUCAAAAUCACACGCACGUCCUGAUUCAACGCAGCUUCAAUCAAGAGAGGCGUAAACCACUCACUGAGUAGAAGAAAAAGAGGUAUUAGAAACUGGCCGUUCUUUGUCUCUACUUCUCGUUUUGUCUUCUGCGCAUCGGGUUUUAUGAUUAUGAAUUUGUACGGCAAAGACAAACAGACAUACACACGUACAACCAUCCGCUCUGUUUUAGCCUACAAACAGUUUUAUUAGUUAGUUCCUAUCCCUGCUGGCAACUCCAGGUAGUUGAUCUAGCCUCCAAACAUUUUCAUUUUCCCGUACUAAUACUAUUGGAUUGCUGCCAGCACCUCUAGGUUUAGUGCCGUUUUUUAUGCUGUAUUCGUAAUUUUUUUGGGUCGGGAAUGAUUUCAACAUCAACACAACCAUAUCAUGCGAAAUUAUGCUUAACCAAAACGAACCUAAGAUCAUGGUGAUGGUACUACUUAUUUCAUGACCAAGCGAAGAAGAAUGAGAAUAAUGACGAAUGCAUAUUAUCGAAACGUCAAUGAGUGGGCGUGCGCCUCCUGUAUUUCGUAGCGUCAGAAUUUUCCCCCGCGGCGUCCAAGAUGACAGGAUAUCACUAAGAACAUGCGGCGUACUCUUGAAUGAAAGAAAGGACAGGUAACUAACUUAUGAAACAUUCGAGCGCAUAACCGUAUUCGAAAUAAUACGGAAGCUUGUGCUUCCAGUUUUGCAAUGGUCAAAGUGUAGAAGGGCUGUUCCCUUUAUUGGGCCUUUGUCCAACUGGGAAUAUGAGUGUGAGGA